AUGACUUCGGAGGUGCAGGUGAAGAUCGGACUUGGCGGUGGCUGCCAUUGGUGCACGGAGGCCGUCUUCCAGGCACUUGCCGGCAUAUCAGACGUGGAACAGGGCUUCAUCCGCUCCGAACCGCCGGAGGACAGCUGGUCGGAAGCUGUUGUCGUGACAUUCGACCCGGUCGCGCUGCCGCUGGAAAGUCUGAUCGAAAUUCACCUGCGUACCCAUUCCAGCACCUCGCAUCACAAGAUGCGCGGCAAGUACCGUUCCGCCGUUUAUGUCUAUGAUGCCGGAACAGGUGUGAAGGUGGGCCGCAUCCUGCGCGGCCUUCAGCGCGAGUUUGAAGAGCCCCUGGUGACACAUGUGUUGUCGCUCGCCGGCUUCAAGUUAUCGGACGAACGCUUCCGCAAUUACUACGCGACGGAUCCGGACCGUCCAUUCUGUAAAACCUACAUCGACCCGAAACUGGCACUGCUGCGGAAACGAUAUGGCGGCGUGCUCAGGGAGACCCCAGCUGCGGCCGAAUAG